AUGCCACGACUCUCAGGGGUACAGGAUGAGCAGGAGAAUGAAUCCCAAGCAACAAAUAAACCAACAAACCAUAAAAGUGUGGUAGGAAUGAAUGGGAUGCCAGACCCACGGCCACUAUGCGAAUUCAAGCAAAAGUUCACACUGGAGGAUGACGAGAUCUUGAGACAGCUAAAACAUGAUUGCAAGGACCCCUAUCGACUGGGGAGCAAGGACGACGGGUUGACCUGGAGGCAGAUUGCGGACUUUUUCCCUGGUCGAGCGCCAGGCACCUUACAAGUACAUUACUGCAAGGAAGCAAGUGCAAAGGGGCCGCAAUGGGACGUGGAACUGGACCAAAAGCUGAUCGCGGCAAUAGAGGAGUAUGAGAAAGAGCGAUGGCAGAUCAUAGCGAAGAAGGUUAAACAGAAGAACUACGCAGCGGCGUGUGAGCAAAGGGCCAAGGAGUUACAAAAGAUGGAACAAGAUAAGGACCAGGACCAGGAGGAAGAGGUGCAAAAGCGGGAGCGAGAGAUGAAAGAGAAGCGAAAGACGCAAGGGAAGAAACGAAAGAUGUAA